AUUAGAUUAAUGUAACAAUGAAUUUAAAUGGCAAAAUGAAAAUUUCUGCAAUUUUUUUGAUGAUAUUUUUGCGUUUAACAAAUUGUUUAAACUUUUCAGCUGAUCAUGUAUAUUGUGUUUUGUUGAAAACAUCCACAAACUAUCGAGUUAUAAAAGCGUCAGAACCAGAACAAAUUUUAACACAACCUAUAUUUAAUCCACUAUUACCAACUGUAUUUAUAAGUCCUGGGUCUCCUGCACAUAUUCAAGGUAUGCUCCCGUUCAUUGAAACAUCCUACGUUAAAACAAAACGCUACAAUGUUGUUUACUUCGAUAGCUGCUACUAUACAUGCGAGGAGCAUAACUGUGAUUACCAAAUGCCAGGUCUUUUUGAUGAAGUCAUGCAGUGGUUUGGUAAACUUUAUGGUUCAGUAAUUUCCAAGUUAAUUGAAUUGGGAUUACCGGUAGAAAGUAUUGAGCUCGUUGGACAUUCAUGGGGUGCUGGUGUUGCAUUUCUGGCAGCGAAUAAUACAAUUAAGAAAUUACCAUUAUUGGUUGGUUUAGAUCCAGUUAAAAACUCUCUUCCAUUUCAUAAAGGAAUUGCUGAUUAUACAAUUGUUUUGCAUUCAAAUAUUGGACAAUAUGGUCAGCAGUAUAUAAAUUAUGCUGAUUCCGACCUAAUAGCAAAUGAUGGAACAAUUCAAGCGAGCUGUACUGAUCGUAAUGUAUUUAACGUAUCUAAUGAAGAGGUGGAAAAAAUAGCUAUGUGUUCCCAUAGAAUAGCUCUCAAUUAUUGGUGUAGUAUGAUAGCGAAUCCAGGUUUAUUUUAUGGUGUGGAAUGUAAUAAAACUGGCUGCAAUUAUGAUAAUAUACAACAACUUGGUCCUAAUUUACGAUCACCCGGAACAUUUUAUUUUAAAACAAGUAAAAGUGAACCGUAUGGUUUGGGUACGGAUAGUAUAAAAAAUAUUACUCCAAUUGAUAUGGAUCUAUUGAACGAUUAUCAGCAGAUUUUUCAGUGUGGAACAGUAGAUUUUUAAGUAAAUUAUUUUGUUACUCGUUAAUCGAAAAUAAUUAUAUGAAACUACAUGUGUCCAAAGUUUUAUUACUCUGUUCAAUAUCGGCAAACAAAUUUUAAAAUUA